CAUACACAACUCAAUAUGAAGGUCCUCUUACUGGACCUUCUGCUCUUUGCUGGUUUCUCCUGCUGUUUAAAAAUACAUCAGCCCCCAGCUGCAUUCAGCCACGAAGGAGACACAUCUGUAACGCUGCAGUGUGAACAAGACAAUGAAGAAUAUCUGUACAUGUACUGGUACAGACACACUGGCAGAGGGGGAAUGCAGCUGUUAACAUACUCCAUCAAUAAAGAAAUAUGGACCACUGAAGCUCCUUUCAACACAUCCAAGUACACCAUGGCCCGGCCUGUGGUGCUCAGCUCCGCUCUGCACAUACAGCACGUUGAGGCUGCGGAUUCAGCUGUGUACUACUGUGCCUCUAGGUUCCCACAGCGGCUCACAUGCACUCUGUGGCUAAACAACAACCCCAAUAGCAAACAUCAGCGCUUCGUGUGUCAGUGUGACAACUACAACCCUGCUUACUUUGGUGGUGGAACCAAACUGACAGUCUUAGAAUCCAACCGUACCAUCAGCCCACCAACGGUGACAGUUCUUCCUCCUUCAAAAAAAGAAAAAAACAAGAAGACCUUGGUGUGCGUGGCCUCUCGUUUCUACCCGGACCAUGUUAGCGUGUCCUGGCAGAUUGACGGGGACAACAUUACAGAUGGCGUGGCGACCGACAGCGCUGCCCGAUUGGAAGGGGAACAUUACAGCAUCACCAGCAGACUGAGGGUCCCGCUCAAAACGUGGUUGACACAGGGCAAGAAGUUCAACUGCACCGUCAGCUUCUUCAAUGGGAACGAGACCGUGUACCGUUCUGACUGGGUCGCUGGUGUUAAAGGUUGUUUGGCAGAAAAAUAUCUGAAGAUCACCAACGCCGCCAAACUGACCUACGCCGUUUUGAUCGCCAAGAGCAGCUUCUACGGAGCCUUUGUGGUGUUUCUGGUGUGGAGGCUUCAGGCAUCAUGCGGAAAACAGAACAACUGAGAGCUGAGCUGCACACACCAGCUGAUUCUCCUGCUUUCUAUAAACAUGCUGCUUUCAAUGCUCAGUUCUGCAAAUCAUAUUAUGCACAAAUUAGGGGCAACUUCCUGUAGUGUUAAUAGCACUAUUAUUGACUUAAAACCAUGUGAAUUAUUCAAUAUCCAGUGUGGAUUGAUACUGUUUGUGCUUCAUGCUGAGUUUUAUUCUCAAUAAAGGCUUUCCAGUCAAGA